UUUGUAUGUGGCGUCAUGAAUUUCAACUGCUGUGGUUGUAAAUAUCGCGAGUUUUCAGCCCGUUGUUCUCAGCCAAUCAGCGCCGUCACCAAUAAACGCUCGGCCAAUGAGCCUCCAGUUUACUGUCGCGUGGUUGUCAGGGAGGGAAACGUUCCGCUGCUGUUCGCGCGCAGUGUCAGAGACAUCAUGGAGGUGGAGAUGGCGGAGGCUGACAGUGAGCAGAGACCGACAGAGAGCGUUCAGAAGGCGGACUCAGGAACCGGAGAGGCCUCGGGUAAAAGCUCCGGCAGCACCUACGAGCUGCCCUGGGUGGAGAAGUACCGGCCGCUGAAGCUGAACGAGAUCGUGGGGAACGAGGAGACGGUGAGCCGGCUGGAGGUGUUCGCCAGGGAGGGAAACGUCCCCAACAUCAUCAUCGCAGGUCCUCCAGGCACAGGAAAGACCACCAGCAUCUUGUGUUUGGCCCGAGCUCUGCUGGGAGCCGCCAUGAAAGACGCCGUGCUGGAGCUCAACGCUUCAAAUGAAAGAGGCAUCGAGGUAGUGAGGAACAAGAUCAAGAUGUUCGCUCAGCAGAAAGUCACACUGCCCAAAGGACGACACAAGAUCAUCAUCCUGGACGAAGCCGACAGCAUGACAGACGGAGCUCAGCAGGCAUUAAGGAGGAUCAUGGAGAUCUACUCAAAGACAACACGCUUUGCUCUCGCCUGUAACGCCUCAGAUAAGAUCAUUGAGCCGAUCCAGUCUCGCUGCGCCGUGCUGCGCUACUCCAAACUGACGGACGGACAGAUCCUGGCCCGGCUGCAGGAUGUGGUGGAGAAGGAGCGUCUGUCCGUGUCUGACGACGGGCUGGAGGCCGUCAUAUUCACCGCCCAGGGAGACAUGAGACAGGCGUUGAACAACCUGCAGUCGACCAACUCCGGCUUCGGCUACAUCAACAGUGAGAACGUAUUCAAAGUGUGCGACGAGCCUCACCCGCUGAUGGUGAAAAGCAUGCUGGGACACUGUGUGAAUGGGGACAUUGACGAGGCCUACAAGGUGGUGGAGCAGCUGUGGGCGCUGGGAUACUCUCCGGAGGACAUCAUCGGAAACAUCUUCAGGGUGUGUAAGACGUUCCAGAUGGCCGAGUACCUCAAACUGGAAUUCAUCAAGGAGAUCGGUUACACUCACAUGAGGGUGGCUGAAGGUGUGAACUCCCUGCUGCAGAUGGCCGGUCUGCUGGGUCGACUCUGCAGCAAGACAGCGCCCCCUGCUGCCAGCUGAACCCCACAACCCCCCCGGAUCACCUCUAAAACCUGCUGCUGCCUCCUCACAGCUCUCAGCGCAGGACUCUUUGUUAACAGCGCAUGUUUCAUGCUGACGGAGCUGCACGAUGAUGAACACUCCCUCAGUAGGUCAGGAUGGCGUUUGACACCUGAUGAAGAUGAUUUUGAUUCAAACAUGUCGUCAUUUUGUUAUCUGGGUUUAUCUGUUGCGCUUGGUUCAACCUGACAUCACUGCAGUUUGUGUUCGUCUGUGGAAACAAAAUAAUGUAAAAAAUAAAUCGCUUUUCCAUUAA